AUGACCCAUCCUUCAAGAAGGAGAUGGUCGGCGAUGAGGCGGUGCUCAAACCCACGUACAAGAAAAUGCAGCUGCGUCUGCAUUAUGGAUUGCAAAAAUGUCUGGGUCUGGAAGAUUGUAGACUUGUCAUGCAGAUUUUCCAUGACCCAUGAGGUCUGGAAUGCGGGACUUAGCAUGACAGACUGUGCGAGGUCUCUGCCAUGCCUAUUCUGAAUGAGAAACUCCGUUCCAACUUGGUCAAUAGUGGACAGCUUUUGGCAUUCAUGCAACGCAGAUUUUUGCAUGUCCGCGUCCCUUUAGCAGUAUGGCGGGUAGCGAAGGUUCAGAUUUACCAUGACAAGUUGCAAUCUUCCAGACCCAGACACUUUUGCAAUCCAUAUGCAUCCGGACAAGAAUCCGCCGGCUACUCGAAAGAAAGCGACGCAGUUGUUUCAGCAGCUUGCGCCGUUUUACAAAGCAGCCCUGGAGGCCGGCGACCAGCCGCCGCGGAAGAAACCCCGUACUACGGCUAAGCAGUCGGGCGGGACGUCAAAGUUUCCUGCGGCCUUCGACAGUUUCAGCCAGUGGCCGUUUUUGUUCGGGUCCGAUCUUUUCCAACUUCCCAGCAUUGAACAGCAUCGAGAUGAGAGCACAAAUUGUCGCCGGGCAGGCCCUGAACCGCUCGCAGCUCUUUCGCUUGCGCGAUAUGUAUGGGCAGAUUACCGUCGUGCAAACACCCAGUGCGGAUUUCAUCAAGGCGGAGGUGAUGAAGAGCGGACCGGUGGUCAGCCUGUCCUUCCAACGCCCCGGCGGUCGGGACACAGAAGCGGUUUUGGUAGUGGGCUGGACCGACGACCACUGGGUCAUCGUGCCCUAUGGGAGCCAGGACGCCAUUGCCGUCGGCAUGAACAAGUACGGCAUCGAAAACGUGGUCACGUUCGUGCACGCAGACAAGCUGCAGAACAUGGCGUGGUGGCCCCGUCCGUACUACGAGAUUCCUUUCCACUCCAAGAACAUCGUCCCAGGAGGUGCGGACUGGAGUUGUAUCCGCAUCACCUUCGAAACCGCAUUUCAUUUCGAGGACUUCGCGGCCAAGAUGGAGCAGGCUGCGAAUGAUGUCGGCACCACUGGCCUGCUCAACGGAGCCGACAAAGGAGCCGCAAUCGAGGUCUAUUACCCCAACAUGCGCAGCACGUCGUGGACGUAUCAACUGGGCAAUGUGACCUACCAGCAUGGGAAAUGGGUAGCGGAGCUGAUCACCCCGGAGCUCGCGGCCGGAUCCGGAAGUGACGAUUCGGAAAACUGGGGUAGCGACGCGGAAAACUGGGGCAACAGUUCGGAAAGCUGGGGAGACAGCGCGCAAAACUGGGGCAACGGCGCGGAAAACUGGGGCAACCGUGCAGAAAACAAAAACUCCUGGGGCAAUAGCGCGGAAAACGGCUGGGGUUUCGACGCGGGAGGAUUCUACUGA